AUGCUGUCCAAGUGCAGCCCACUCCUAAAUUCACUCACGCAUGGCGAGGAAUUUGGCUACGAUGGAAAUAUUGGUCCAGAAUAUUGGGGCGAGAGAUACAGAGAGUGCGCUGGUAAACAUCAAAGUCCGAUUAACAUCAACGUACUCCGAGUGAAGCAAGUUACGUUACCUGACCUCGUCCUCGUAGGCUUCGACGACUCCAUUGACGACGUCCACGUCACCAACAAUGGACACACAGUUCUGAUCGAGGUGCAGAAUGAACCACAUCCGCGAGUUAGAGGGGGACCACUCGACGGAGACUACAUAUUUAGCCAAAUGCACUUUCAUUGGGGGGACAAUGACACCUUCGGUUCUGAGGACAAGAUCAACCAUAGAAGUUUCCCUAUGGAAUUGCACAUGGUGUUCUUCAAAGAGGAGUAUCAAUCAGCGGCGGAAGCUGUGAAACAUUCAGAUGGCCUGACAGUGCUUGCAUUCUUCUACGAGUUGGAUCGCCACCAGCACCCUGCCUAUGACGAUAUAACAUCAGCACUAGUAAACGUCACGGAACCUCAUACUAGUGUGGUGAUGAGUCACCCGUUCUCAUUCCUCAACAUCUUGCCUUAUGACCUCAAGAGGUACUUCACUUACAAAGGCUCGCUUACCACUCCACCCUGCUCCGAAGUCGUCAUCUGGCUAGAUUUCGAACAACCCAUCAGGCUUACACAUGAACAGAUAGAAGCCUUUAGAGAGAUAAGAUCAGCGCAUGGGAAAAUAACACAUAACUUCAGGCCGAUACAGCCAAUCGGCGACAGAGUAGUGUUCUAUAAUAUUGACAAUAAUUACUACAUUUACAAUGAGAUUGACGAACGUGAAGAAACUACGACUGGAAAGCCAUCGAAAAGAAAAAAGGGUCGCAGCAGUGCUCGACGAUUAGUUCCUACAAUUGUAUACACAAUGACUUUUACUAUAUUGCUGUUAUUUAGCUUGUGAUAAUUUGUGAAUAUCUAUCUGUGUGUAAUCAACUCAAAGUAAAUAUUUUCUUAGAACUUGUAUAGUCUAAUAGAAUUUUGCUACUUAAGAUGUCCUUAAUUUAAUAUCUGUUGUAUGAAUGUGAAUGAAAAAAUACUUGUAUAGAGUAACAUCUAAUUUAUAAUAUCAUUUAGUUAAGUACAUCCUAUUUUGUGUAGUUACUUUUAUAUUUCUAAUUGCAAGUAGGAUAAUAGGAUUAGAUGAAUGAAUGUUUUGGUAUUCUUUGCUGACAUCUAUAUGCUUCCCUGAUGGAAAUAUUCAAAGCACAUAUUAAUACAAUAACAGUGAA